UCUUCUACAGUUGUACCUACUCAACUCUGUGCAUCUCUUUCUUUUGACCCGUUGUUUUCGGAGCUCGGAUCUCUUCGUGGAAAGGUCGAAGGCGAGCUUUGAUUCUGACUUAUUCUUUUUGUCUCUGCUUUUAGAAGAAACUGUAAACGCUUGUUUCUUUGGCUUCUUUCACGGGAGUGACUAGCUCAGAAAACUUUGGAGGGCCAGAAACAGUGUACCUAACUAGCAUUAGUUUUUGAAUGGCCUUCCGAGCUUUCUGGAACAGUCCUGUUGGUCCCAAAACAACUCAUUUUUGGGGCCCUGUUGCAAACUGGGGGUUUGUCACUGCUGGAUUAGCGGACACGCAGAAGCCCCCUCAAAUGAUAUCUGGUAACAUGACUGCAGCAAUGUGUAUCUGCUCAGGGUUGUUAAUGAGGUUUGCUUGGAUGGUGCAGCCACGAAAUUAUCUACUCCUAGCAUGCCAUGCCUCCAAUGAGAUAGUGCAGCUCUAUCAACUCUCACGUUUGGCAAAGUCUCAAGGGUAUUUGGACCAGAAGAAAGAGGAAGUCGAACGAUAGUAACUUUCAGAUGUGUUGUCCUUGAUGUUAGUUUUGACCAGACGUUAUGCCCCUUUGUGUAAAUUAUCCAAUAAGUUGUUCGAAUUUAAUCCCUGUAUCUCUAGAUACCAGAAGAUGGGUGAACGUGAGUUUAUUUUCAUUUGUGUGAAUCAUUGAUGCAACUGCAGACUCAAAGAAAUACUGUACGAGAAGAAUAAGGAUGGACUGGAAGACAAAAGAUGGUAGAAGUAGAACAAACGAGAGCCAAAGAGGAUGUGUUUAUGAGAGAGAGAGAGAGAGAGAGAGAAGUGACACUUGUUGUGCAAGCAUUAACUUAGAAAAGCGUGGUGUAGUGUGAUUGUUCUUCGUCAAAAUCUCUGUUAAGACUUCUUUGUGUUGUCUUGAA